CUCUCCCCCUAUGUGUUUUGUGUGAAUGCCAUUCAGGACCGAGACCAGUGCACCAUGCAUAUUCAACAUAAGGGAUCAGUACAAACAGACGAGGACAUACUGAUAUUGGCCCACCCCAGGCAGUUAGAUGAAGUCUACUCAUAUUCUCUGAAACAGGGUGAACUGAAGGAGUUACUGAGGGGUGCUCUUGAUAAGAAUAUCAUUACCAAAGGAACAUAUGAAUAUUUGACUGUAACAUACCCAAAGAUGAUGUGUUUAUAUCUACUCCCAAAAGUCCACAAGGACACUAAAAAUCCUCCUGGCCAACCAAUUGUUUCGGGGAAUGAGAGUCUAUGUGAAUCCCUGAAGAAAGACCUUCUGGAAUUCAUGGAAGCACUGAACAACAACAUCAAGAACAUUAGAUUGUCGGUUAAAUAUAGUCAACAGGAGGUGGACUUUCUGGACCUUAAGAUCUAUAAAGACAAAAAUGGACAGGCCACGGACCUGAGUAGGCGUUUUGAAGAAAGGGUCUACAGUAAGCGUAUGAUCAAGCAAGGUCAUGACAGAGCAAUGAAUACACGACGGGAGGAUGUACUGAAACCCAAGGAUCCCAAACAGGAAGACUCCCAACAGGCAGAUCCAACUUUGAAAAAAUGGAUCCCAGAGACUUCAUCCAUAACCUAUAAAAGGGCUAAAAACCUGAGGGAUAUCCUUAUGCACAGCUAUCAUGAAGGUGUGAGUGUCUGGAAAUUGGAGGAAAAAAUUGGCCCAAUUGGAAGUUCAAUGGAUUAUGAGAAUCGACUGCAUCCGUCAGAAAGGCUUGAACAAAGUUCUAAGUUUUGCCCCUUUCCUGGAUAUCCAUCGCAAAAUCAGCGGAGAGGGAAAUUGAAUAAAUUGUUGAUGUGACAUCUUCCUCAUUACCUUUUAUAUUUUUCUUCAGACCAGCAGAUAUGGACUUUUUCAAAUAGUAUUAUUAUGGACCCAUGUAUGUUUGGUUCUUUGAAUGAUUGCUACUCUUUCCAGGAGAUCACUAUUGCAUCACUCUUGAUAG